AUGAAUGCCUAUGACACGGCAAGCAUCUACAAGGCGCGUUCUAAACAAUAUCAUGACGCCAAGAUUGAGAAGAGGGAGUUCAAGGAGGGGGAGAAGGUCCUCCUUUAUAACUCUCGCUUGAAGUUGUUCCCGGGAAAACUAAAGUCCCGGUGGAGUGGUCCGUUCGAUGUUGUUCGGGUUUUCCCCCAUGGUGCUAUCGAGAUUCGGAAUGAUGAUUCCGGGUCCUUCAAAGUGAAUGGGCAUCGGCUCAAACACUAUUUCUUGGGAGACUCUAUUGGCUCUUUUGCUUCCUUGGAUCUCAAGGACCCCCCUUGA